CAUCAUCAUAAAGAGCAUAUAUAAAAGGAGAGAGUUUGCUCAUGGGGUAUUGCAGCUGGUUGCUGCUGCCAUGUCUUCUAUGGAGUUCUCUGAUUGUGGGUUCCCAUCAAUUACAAUCUUCACAAAAACAAGUGCUUCUUCAACUGAGGAAGCAUUUGGAGUACCCAAAUCAACUAGAAAUUUGGAAUGAUAAUAGCAUGGAUUUUUGCUUUUUAUCAUCAACCACAAAAGUGAACGUGUCUUGCCAGGACAAUUUUGUCACCAAGCUUAGAAUUACAGGAGACAAGCCUUCCAAGAUUGAUAACUUUGUUGGGUUCGUAAUUCCAAAUCAAACUUUAUCAGAGAAUUUCUCUAUGGAUUCUUUUGUUGUUACUCUUGCAAGGCUAAACAGUUUGAGAGUCCUCAGUCUUGUAUCCCUAGGCAUUUGGGGUCCACUUCCAGACAAAAUUCAUCGGUUGUCUUCACUUGAGUAUUUGGAUUUGAGUUCAAAUUAUCUCUUUGGUUCUGUUCCACCGAAGAUUUCAACAAUGGUGAAACUUCAAACGCUUAUACUCGAUGACAAUUUCUUCAACGAUACAGUUCCCAAUUGGUUUGAUUCAUUGUCUAAUCUUACAAUUCUAAGAUUGAGGAAUAACCAGUUGAAUGGUCCAUUUCCUUCUUCAAUACAGAGAGUUACCACUCUUACCGAUCUUGUUUUGUCUAGCAAUGAGAUAUCUGGGAACUUACCAAGUCUUGAUACCUUAAGUAACCUCCGUUUGCUGGAUUUAAGCGUGAACAAUCUAGAUUCUAACCUAGCUCCAAUGCCUAAAGGAUUGGUCACUGUAUUUCUUAGCAACAACUCCUUUUCAGGUGAAAUUCCAUACAAGUAUAGCAAGCUUAGUCAGCUUCAACACCUUGAUAUGUCAUUCAAUAAACUAAAUGGAAGACCUCCUGCUGCAAUCUUUUCAUUGCCAAACAUCAGUUACUUGAAUUUGGCAUCAAAUAUGUUAAGUGGUUCCCUUCCAGACCAUCUAAGCUGCGGCAGCAAACUUCAGUUUGUCGAUAUAUCAAAUAAUAGUUUUACUGGUGGAUUGCCUCAUUGUUUGAGUACUGAAUCAGAUGAUAGAGUUGUGAAGUUUGGUGGAAAUUGCUUAUCCAUUGAUUUACAUCAUCAGCGUGCAGAAUCAUCUUGUAUGCCCAUGCCUGUGAAACAGAAAAAGUCUGGAGGAGAAGAUGUAGGAAUAUUGGUGGGUGUGGUUGCUGGUAUACUUGUUGUUCUGCUGCUUCUGGCUUUUGGCUUUCUCGUUGUGCGUAGAAGAUAUUGCCCACGAGGAAUCUCGGAGCAGCAUUUAUUGCACAAAGCAGUGCAAGAAAACUCAGCAACAGAGUUGUCGUCUGAGAUACUCACCAGUGCAAGAUUUAUUUCUGAGGCUGCAAAAUUGGGGACACAAGGUCUCCCAGUGUGUCGGUCAUUUACUUUACGAGAGUUAAAGGAAGCCACAAAAAACUUUGAUCAUUCUACCAUUUUGGGUGAAGGCACUUAUGGAAAGCUUUACAAAGGAAGAUUAGAAGAUGGGACUCAAGUUGCUAUAAGAUGCCUACCUUCAUCAAAGAAAUAUUCAAUUCGAAAUCUUAAACUCAGGUUGGAUUUGCUUGCAAAGCUUCGGCACCCACAUUUGGUUUGCCUCUUGGGGCACUGCGUUGACAGUGGUGGACAAGAUUACAAAGUGAACAAAGUCUUCCUCAUAUAUGAAUACGUUUCCAAUGGGAAUUUUCGCACUCACCUCUAUGAGGACAGUCCAGGCAAGCUUCUAAGUUGGUCAGAGAGAUUGACAGUGCUAAUUGGUGUGGCAAAGGCUGUGCGCUUUCUGCAUACAGGAGUUAUUCCUGGUUUCUUCAACAAUCAAGUGAAGACAAAUAAUAUCCUGCUCAAUGAAUAUGGGAUUGCAAAGUUAAGUGACUAUGGACUGUCCAUUAUCUCUGAAGAAAUAGCAAAUUGUGGGGAAAGUGGAGAAGGCUUUAAAUCACGGCAAAUGGCAAGAUUAGAGGAUGAUGUUUAUAGCUUUGGCUUCAUAUUACUUGAAUCACUUGUUGGCCCCUCAGCAUCUGGCAGAACAGACAAGCUUCUACUGCAUGAAUUGGCAUCUUGUAACAGCCCGGAUGGCCAUAGAAAAUUAGUAAACCCAAUUGUGCUUGCAACUAGCUCACAAGAAUCUUUAUCAAUUGUGAUUUCUAUAACAAACAAGUGCAUUUGUUCUGAAUCAUGGAGCCGUCCUUCCUUUGAGGACAUUCUCUGGAACUUGCAGUAUGCAGCUCAAAUCCAAUCAACAGUAGAUGGUACCAAAUCGGGUUGCCAUAGUUCCAGUCUAUGGCUGUCUCCUAACCGCAGUAAGAGAUGGGGAGAGCUUUUCUUCCUUUGCUAUACUCCUUUCUGGCUUACUCUCUGUCUGGGCAUUGUGGUUCCCUACAAGCUCUAUGAGAGCUUUACGGAAUUGGAGUAUUUGCUUCUGGCUAUGGUUUCGGCAGUUCCUUCUUUAUUGAUACCAAUGAUGUUUGUUGGAAAGGCUGAUAGUGGCUUGAGUUGGAAGGAGCGUUACUGGGUCAAGGCCAGUGUAUGGAUAAUCAUUUUCAGUUAUGUUGGAAAUUACUUUUGGACACACUAUUUCUUUACAGUUUUGGGAGCUUCUUAUACAUUUCCAUCAUGGAAGAUGAAUGAUGUACCACACACAACUUUCCUUUUGACACAUGUCUGCUUCCUGUUUUACCAUGUCACCUCAAAUAUGACAAUUCGCAGACUGCGGCAUGCUAUUGCAGACUUGCCAGAUAAACUUCAGUGGACUACUGAGGCAGCAUGGAUUUUGGCUCUUGCAUAUUUCAUAGCAUACCUGGAGACCUUAGCCAUUUCUAAUUUUCCUUACUAUGAAUUUGUGGACCGGGCUUCCAUGUACAAAGUUGGGUCCUUGUUUUAUGCCAUCUACUUCAUAGUAAGCUUCCCGAUGUUUUUGAGGAUCGAUGAGAAACCUGGUGACUUGUGGGACUUACCAAGGGUAGCUGUCGAUGCUCUGGGUGCUGCAAUGCUAGUAACAAUAAUACUUGACUUGUGGAGAAUCUUUCUUGGACCCAUUGUUCCACGAGCCGAUGCAAAACAAUGCCUUCAACCAGGACUGCCAUGGUUUCAUGGAUAUGCGAAUGAAACUUAAUGACUGUACCUCACUGUGACAGUUUCUAGUUCCUGAUAUUGUAACGCUAACUGGAACUUGCUAGUUUAUAUUAGACCACUGGUUAUGUUCAUAUCAUGAUGCUUCGGCUAGGCAUGCACUGGAAUUUGCAGCCGUACUUUUUAUGACUGAUGUUGCCUCCAAUGCUUCUGAUUAGUGUGUUUAGAUCCUAACAAAAAGGGUAGUUUUAUGUGUUCA